AUGAAUGAUAACUGUGGGUCAGUGGAUGCUCCUGCACACAAGGUGACAAUUUCACUUGGUAAGAUUUGGAGGUAUUUCCACACAAUCUACCUGGGCAUUAGGAGCCGACAGAGCACAGAGACGGAGCGCUGGCGUUACCACUGGAGGAUGGUCUAUGAGUUUGCAGACGUGAGCAUGCUGCACCUACUGGCCACCUUCCUGGAGAGCGCUCCACAACUGGUGCUGCAGCUGUGCAUCAUCAUACAGACACACAAGCUCCAGGCCGUGCAAGGCAUGACUGCAGCAGCCUCCCUGGUGUCCCUGGCCUGGGCCCUGGCCUCCUAUCAGAAAGCCCUCAGAGAGUCUCGGGAUGAUAAGAAGCCCAUCAGCUACCUGGCCGUCAUCAUCCAGUUCUGCUGGCACUUCUUCACGAUCGCCGCGAGGGUCAUCACCUUCGCUCUGUUCGCUUCUGUGUUCCAACUGUACUUUGGCAUCUUCAUCGUCCUGCACUGGUGCAUCAUGACCUUCUGGAUUGUUCAUUGUGAGACAGACUUCUGCAUUAGCAAAUGGGAGGAGAUUGUAUUUGAUAUGGUGGUGGGCAUAAUCUACAUCUUUUCCUGGUUCAACGUCAAAGAGGGACGGACAAGGUAUCGUCUCUUCAUCUACUACCUGGUGAUCCUGGUGGAGAACGCUGCUCUCAGUGCGCUGUGGUAUCUAUACCGGUCUCCUCCCACGACUGACGCCUUCGCGGUGCCCGCACUCUGUGUCAUCUUCAGUAGUUUCCUCACCGGCGUGGUCUUCAUGCUCAUGUACUAUGCUUUUUUCCAUCCCAACGGGCCACGCUUCGGACGCUCUCCUAGCGGGCAGGGUCUGGACCUGGACCCCACUGCCCAGUUCUCCACACUACCAUCCGAAGGCGCCACCAACUCGCUGCGCUCCAACCGAGGCGCCACCACGACACUCGAGCGCGACACUGGGAAGUACUCCGAGCGGGACGGCUGUAUGCCGGUGUUUCAGGUGCGACCCACGGUGCCGUCCACGCCGUCGUCCCGCGCCGCACGCCUCGAUGAGACUGUCAUCAAGAUUGACCUUUGUAGGAACCGCUACCCGGCCUGGGAGCGCCACGUGCUUGAUCGCAGUAUACGAAAGGCAAUACUGGCUAUAGACUGCUCCACGAGUCCCCCGCGGCUACAGUACAAAGACGACGCUCUGGUUCAGGAGAGAUUGGAAUAUGAGACCACGUUAUAG